GGGGGCGCGGGGCGCGCGCGGAGCCGGGAGUGCGUCCGUGCGGGCCCGGCCGGGCGAGGCCAGGCCUCUGCGCGUCAACCCUGCCCACUCCUCGGUGCCCGUGGGUCCUCAGAGCGGCUCCGGGCCCUGCGCCGUUCCUGGGAGCCCGUGAGCGCGUGCGGACAGAGGCGGUGACAUUCACGUGAUGGUGUAGCUCCGGCCUCCCCUUCGCCCGUGUUAUCAACAGGUGACCCGCGCGGGCUCCCUGAGGAAACCUUACAGACACACGAAGCCUUCCACCAUCUGGAACUCAGAAACUCGACUGGGCAGGACUGUGGCUUCUGGACCGUCCAGGUGUUCCACAGAUGUGAGCAUUUAUCCCGCACUCGCCAGCUGGAGCCCCGAACAGCUGCACGGCCUUGCUCCGGCUCACACCACCCUGAACUGAGGGCUCGUUUUCCAAGUGGCCAAGAGCAGCUGCUGACACUGCGGUCUGACUGCCGCACGCUGCCUGCCCCCUCCCGGAGCUGGGCUGGAGUCUCCUGACUUGAAUUAGGGUUCCAGGUGGGGGCCUCGUUUCUGUAGCCCCCAACACCCCGAUAGGCGUCCCCAUCACCCCGGUGUCUUCCGGCAAACUCCACCACCGUGUCACUUCACAGACAGAAUCCUCCCCGAUCACCAUGGCCUGGCUUUCCCUAAAGGUCUUGUUGGUGGGGCUGAGUUUCCUGGGAUGUCUUUAUCCUCUCGUGGAUUUUAGCUUCAGUGGGGAAACAAGAGGACAGAAACCGAAUUUCGUGAUCAUUCUGGCGGAUGACAUGGGGUGGGGUGACCUGGGAGCUAACUGGGCAGGCACGAAGGACACCGCCAACCUGGACAAGAUGGCUGCAGAAGGAAUGAGGUUCGUGGAUUUCCACGCAGCGGCCUCCACCUGCUCACCCUCCCGGGCGGCCCUGCUCACUGGCCGGCUGGGCCUCCGCAACGGAGUCACUCACAACUUUGCAGUCACGUCUGUGGGGGGCCUUCCACUCAACGAGACCACCUUGGCCGAAGUGCUGCGGGGGGCUGGCUACGUCACGGGGAUGAUUGGGAAGUGGCAUCUUGGGCACCAUGGCUCUUACCACCCCAACUUCCGUGGCUUUGACUACUACUUCGGGGUCCCCUACAGCCACGACAUGGGCUGCACUGACACCCCUGGCUACAACCACCCCCCGUGCCCGGCGUGUCCCCGGGGCGACAGACCAUCCAGGAACCUUGAGCGGGACUGCUACUCUGACGUGGCCCUUCCUCUGUACGAAAACCUCAACAUCGUGGAGCAGCCCGUGAACUUGAGCACCCUUGCACAGAAGUACGCCGAGAAGGCCACCCAGUUCAUCCGGCAGGCGAGCACCAGCGGGAGACCCUUCCUGCUGUACGUGGGCCUGGCGCACAUGCAUGUGCCCCUGGCCGGGACGCCGCCGUCAGCAGGACCCGGGAGUCUAAGGCCGUACAGCGCGGGUCUGCGGGAGAUGGACCGCCUCGUGGGCCGGAUCAAGGACACAGUUGACCUCGCGGGGAAAAACAACACAUUCCUCUGGUUUACAGGGGACAAUGGCCCGUGGGCUCAGAAGUGUGAGCUGGCCGGGAGUGUGGGGCCCUUCACCGGAUUGUGGCAGGCUCGUCGAGGAGGAAGUCCCUCCAAGCAGACCACUUGGGAAGGAGGGCACCGCGUCCCGGCCCUGGCUUACUGGCCCGGCAGGGUCCCCGUCAACGUCACCAGCGCAGCUCUGCUGAGCGUGCUGGACAUCUUCCCCACUGUGCUGGCCCUGGCUGGGGCCCCCCUGCCCGGAGGCCGACGCUUUGACGGUCUGGACGUCUCGCAGGAGCUGUUCGGCCGGGCGCAGACGGGACACAGGCUCCAUGGAAACUUUGAAUCACGCGCUGUUCCACCCCAACAGCGGGGCUGCCGGAGAGGAUGGAGCGCUUCAGACCGUCCGCCUGGAGCGGUACAAGGCCUUCUACGUCACUGAUGGGAAGCGUCUAGAUUACAGCCCUUACAUUACUCUAUCGAAGAGGUAUGAUUUCUCCAGGCUGAGUUAAUUUCAGAAGUCGGGACCCAGCCAGAAAGGCCUUGGCACCACAACGCUGGGAUCAUACGACGUAAUAAGACUGUUGGAAAUGAUCACAACCAGAAAGGAAUGAUGACACCCAGGGGAGGUCUGUUCUUCUCUGCAGUCACCCAGCUCCCAAGAGAGUUAGCAGAGGGAGCAGGGAGAUGUCAACAGAUGGGGUGAAAGUUGUGAACAGGAUAAAAGAGGACACAGCCUGAGGGAGCUCUGAUUCCUUCUCUCACCCCAUCCUUGAAACUCUGCAUCCGAACGACUUAAACCUGCUUUGCGAUGAGUGAGGUGAACUGACACCGGCUACAUUAGACCAGAGAAAGACCUACGUGUCCUGUGAUGAGGACGGGAUUUUAGAGUUUUAGGUGAACUAGGUGGUGGUUUUGUCGUUGUCAUGCGUGACUCUCUUUUGCGACCCCGUGGACUGCAGCCCACCAGGAUUCCCUGUCCAUGGGGUUCUCCAAGCAAGAAUACUGGCCUGGGUUGUCAUUACCGUCUCCAGAGAAUCUUCCCCACCCAGGGAUCAAACCCAAGUCGUCUGCAUUGAAAAGGGGAUUCUAUACCCUGAGCCAGCAGGGAAGCCCCCUCACCUAAUCUCCUUAAACCGGAGGAGGCUAGCUUUUAUACUUUGUUAGGACUGGGCUCUGUUGAAGUUUGUCUUUAAUCCUAGGUAAAUGCCUUUAUCCUGGGCCAUAGUCUUCGCUCCUAGCACGAACAUUUAAGGACUUUAGUGGAAAACGAAGUGUUUAUCAGGCCUGUCUAGCUUAGUAGCAUUCACACCGUGAGCUCCACGUGUGUUCCCGGCUGAGCCCUUCAGACUUGCAGUGUGGGUGAACCGGUCUCUCCGCUGCACGCCGGUUCAGGGCUCACUCCGGUUACCACUCAGAAUUCACCGCGGUGCUCUGCACACCUCGGGCCGACGAUGGGUUGACGGGGUCUCUGCCGUCCC